AAGGAGGAACUAUAGGAGAGAGCGAUUUCUCAACCGGUCAGUGGUCGCACAAGGUACGGUCCCCAUGGGCGGACUUUUGGAGACAGCACUGGGAUAUGGCGCCCGUAUAAAUAACGCGAAGAAGAAAACUUCUACCUUGUCCUUUGUCUUGUUCCUCUUUGCUAUCAUGUGCAUCUGCUGCGGCCGGCUGCGGCCCAUUCUGCGCCUCUUCACCUUCCUCCCCAGGCUUCUGUCUGCAGCAUUUCUGUGACCGCGGAAAACAUUUUCUCCGCCCAGACUGUAAAUAUUUCCCCCAAGACUGCUGAUUUUUCUCGAGAAAGCGGUUCAAGCAUGGGGUCCGUGCGUGGACCUGCGUUACACUUCGCGGCGUGGACUGGUUCGGAGAAGAUUGGAAAAAAUUCCAACGGUUUGAUGACAGUAUCUCAUAGACGUAAGAAGGAGAAUAAUAGUGUUCUUCGGAUGAUUGAUUUGAGUGAUUUACAAUGGAGAAACGAGUCAACUUGGCAGAUGCGCAGGGACUUGGUGAUUUCCUACUCAUGUAGAAACGCUAAAGCUCCUGCACUGGAGUCGGGAAAUUUCAAUGCUUGUUUUUGUGGAAAUUGGUUGUUAAAGAAAAAGGCAGAGGAGGUUGCGGCAUUCUUGAAUGGACGCUGUAUCUUUCUUGUUGGAAUGAUGGGCUGUGGAAAAUCAACAGUGGGCAAGAUUUUGUCAGAAGUGCUAGGUUAUUCUUUUGUUGAUAGUGACAGAUAUGUGGAGCAGUCUCUGGGUGGGACCCCUGUGGCUCAGAUCUUUGAGCAGUGUGGUGAGAAUUUCUUCAGAGAGUAUGAGAGUGAGGCAUUGCGGAAGUUGUCUACAAUUCCCCAACAAGUUGUUGCCACUGGUGGCGGUGCAGUGGUUCGCUCUAUCAACUGGAAAUAUAUGAGGCAGGGGAUCACGGUCUUCUUAGAUGUGCCUUUAGAUGCCUUGGCAAGGAGAAUUGCUGCUGUAGGAACUGAUUCUCGUCCUCUUCUAAGUUUUGAACCAGGGGAUCCAUACACUAUGGCUUUUAGGGGACUGUUUAUUCUUUCAAAGAAGAGAGCUGAAGCAUAUGCCAAUGCUGAUGCAACAGUUUCCCUACAACAUAUGAUGGCUAACCUGGGUCUUGAAGAUAUAUCUGAUGUCACACCAACUGCUAUAGCGAUGGAGGUACUCGAACAAAUUGAGAAUCUUCAAGAGCGCAGCAAUGGCAUGUCCGCGAGAAUGUUUCCUUAGCUGAAUAUUUCUUGGUUCUUGUUUCUCCAUCAGCCUGUUGCUAUUUAUGUGCUUUAUAUAUUUAGUUAAUCAAUGUAUUAUCCUUGCUCAGUACCCUGAAAGAACCACAUAGCAUUGCAUGGCAUGUAUAAAUGAUACAAAUGCCCCAGCUAUACUCGCAUCUUUUGUACUUAUAAUUCAGUGUUAAGCAGAAAAUGACGUGUUAACACAA